UUGGUGGUAUCAGUAGCGUCUUGUCCAAGGACAGGGAAGGAACUCGUCUUCAAAAAGAGUCAUUGCGACUGACUCGUUCAUAGCUGUCUAAGAGGCUGUCUACUCAUCUGACGAUCUUGCAGACCGAGGAGCUUAACUUUUCACACUUGCACGAUGGUAGGUCCGUGGGUGUGGGCAUGGGUCUGGACGAAUAUCGUGGCGUGGACAAUAGGCCUCGUGGCUGCGUUGGUGAUCGGUGUUUUAUACACACGUGGUUCAGGCAGGUGCACGUCAACCAGGAGACUGGAUGGAAAAACUGUCAUUAUCACAGGAGCUUCAGCAGGGAUUGGCAAGGAAACAGCGAGGGACUUAGCAGGUCGAGGAGCUCGUGUUAUUCUCGCCUGCAGGAACGUCGAUAAAGCACAGAAGAUUGCCAAUAAACAACGCGGGAAUACCAGGCUACACCACAAGGAGGUUGACUCCCGAGGGUCUAGAAUUAGCAAUGGCCACCAAUCACUUUGGUCACUUCCUUCUGACAAAUUUGCUCUUAGACCUCCUGAAGGCGAGCGCCCCCAGCCGCGUGGUCAACGUCACCUCCAACUCCCACUGGAUGUGUCACCACCUGGACACCAACGACCUCAACUACAAAUGGAGACCUUUCCCGGGCUGGCUUCCGUCCUACGGCCAGAGCAAACUAUCGAACAUCCUCUUCACGCUAGAGCUUUGCCGAAGAGUUAGCGGGACAGGUGUUACAACAAACAGUGUUCACCCCGGUGUGGUUAACACGGAGAUCUUCGGGAAGGAAGGUUGGAAGAUUGUGAACUUGCCCGCUAUCCUAGCUGCCUGGAUCAUGGCCAAGGACGAGAAACUGGGAGCCCAACCAGUCAUCUACUUGGCGGUGUCUGAGGAAGUGGACAAUGUGUCUGGGAAGUACUUCGUUGACUGUAAGGAAGCCCCUUCCUCCACACUUGCACAGGAUCCGAUAUUGGCGAGGCGCCUAUGGGAUGCCAGCGAGAAUUUAGUUGACCUUCGAUCUUAAGGAAUUAGUCGACCCUCAACCUUGGGAAAGAGUUGAUCUGCAAUUAUUAGAAUACCUCUAUAGUCAUAAAAAAUCGUCGUUAGUCAUUCGAAACACGCUUCUUUGACAUUUAGAAAUUAAGAUCGGAAAAGAAUGAGCGCACAGACUUGGCCAUAUCGAGAAAAUAUGAUAUCCCUGUCUCUUUUCUCGUAGCGAUGGCUGUCACUGACUUAUAGAGACCUCACCACAACAUGCUUACCUAAGAAUUUUUACAUUUGUUUAAAGAUUAAUAGAGUAGAGCAUUCUUGUAUUCUGAGAGCACAGACCUCGGAAAAUAGGGCAAAUAUGCAAUACUUUGGUCGCCGAGGAAUCCCUCUUAGGCAUAGUAAGAGCCUUCGAUAUUUUAUGGGAUCACCCCACCAAAGCUACUCCUUGGUUUGUAUCCCAUCUCCAGAUAACUGCAUAGGUUUUUCUGCAUAAAUGCAGACCAUUUUUACGUAAUUUGCAAUAUUCCAAUACAUGGAAAAUUUGAAUAGGGAUAUUAUUUAUAUAUUUAUUAUAAAAUGUGAAAAAAUAUCACUCUCAUUUUGUAAAGAUUCACAUUUUUAUGCAUUUAUGUUUUGGCCACGAACAUUUCUGGUGUUUGGCCAUAUCGAAGGAAUAUGAUUUUUUUAGGUGUAAUCUUCAGAAAAUGCCCUUUGUAUCAAGUAGAUUGCAUAAUUUGAAAAAAUAAUGGUUACAGUUGUCAAAUUUAUAUGAAGCUCCAUAUGUUACGUUAUACUUUAUUAUUCAUAAUACAUCGUAUGUAAUUGAAAAAAGUAGUAAUAAUAAAUAUGCAUAUAUAUUUUA